UACUGAUGAUAAUGGUAAAUGUUUAUCAAUAUUUAAUUAUCAACAUCAACAUAUCAAAUAAUAACACGAUAAUAAUUAUCUUAAACCGUGGGUGACAAGUCUUGAUUAAUGAUUAUAUAAUCAGACAUCUGUGUAUGGUCUCGCUAGAGUUGAUAGACGUCAAAUUUAAUUGUAAAUAAGCUAGUGAGUUAACAUUUGAAAAUUUGAAUUCAAUUUUAGUUGAAAUAUUUAAUAGGAAAUACGUAAAAAUGGAUAAUAUGGAGGAGGAAAUAAUUUAUGCCGAUGAAGAAGAAGUUACGUAUUUUCAAUCUAUUACAGGAUUUGUUCAAAAUAAUGGAUGGUACUUCCUGGCUUUUAUAAUAUUAUUGGCAUAUUUAGUCCCAAAAUUAUGGCCUCAUUAUUUAAAAUGGUUAGAACAAAGAGCAGUAGCUGCAUAUGAUGCGGACAUUAAAAAAAAUCCAGAUUUAUUUAAACAAAAACAAGAAGAAUUACAAAAAGCUCGAGCAAAAUUCCAAGAAGAAUAUGAGAAAAAGGCUAAAAUAGCACUUGAAAAACAAAAAGAAAAAGAAAAGAAAAUAUUAGAAGAAAAACGAGCAUUAUUAAAUAAUGGAACAGGAGGACAGUCAAUUAAUAGUUCUGAAAAACCAAAAAAAUCAAAACCAGAUUACAAUCCUUUAAUGGGAUCUGGCAGUGGUUCAAAUUAUAGACCUCCAAGGAGAAGUGCAUGUUCUGGAGGAGGGUGUGGAUAAAAAUGGAAAUAUUGAAAAAUAAAUAUGAUACUCAAAGAAUUAAUAUCUAUGUAACAUUGAUAUUUUAUAAUAUUAUAUAUAGUUAUAUAUUAAAGUUUAUCCCUCAGCACA